AUUGGGAACCACUGGCUACAGUCAGACUUGUUUAUUACGGUACACUGCUAUUUUAGCCUGGAAAUAACACUAACUGACUCACAACUUGUCUGGAUACAAUUAUGUGGCCUACCCAUAAACAGGGCCUACCCAGCAUACUCACCGACACACCCUCAAAAAAGGAGUCUGAAGUGACCCACAUGGAACGCAUCCUGUGGCGGUCUCGCGAAUCAUCGGACUCUGUCGGCUUUUUCCGAUGAUCUCGGUCAGUUAGCUAGCCAAGCUGAUUAGCCUGCUACUACAAGCUAAUGUUUGCAGGAUAGUUAUUGUUAGCUGAAUUGGAGUGGAUGAUACAAAGUGUAUAGAAAAAUGUCGGACAUCGAGGGACAAGGAAUUUGUUCAUCGGUCCCUCCGUUGCCUCACCCUUCUUCUCGUAACGGCUCCGGUAGCAGUAACGUUACACCGGUCACCGGCGGCAGCUGCCAGACGACAACCACCGUUACUUCAGGCCCACGGCUAGUUCGAAUAGUGAAGUCUGACUCGGGCUAUGGUUUCAAUGUUCGGGGACAAGUUAGUGAAGGCGGGCAACUACGGAGCAUUAACGGAGAACUGUACGCUCCCCUGCAGCACGUUAGUGCUGUCCUACCGGGAGGUGCCGCCGACAGAGCCGGUAUUUCGAAAGGGGACAGGAUUCUUGAGGUUAAUGGUGUAAAUGUAGAGGGAGCGACCCACAAGCAGGUGGUGGACCUGAUCCGGGCUGGAGAGAGGGAGCUAGUGCUGGCCGUGCUGUCCGUCCCGCCCCAGGAGGCCGACUGCCUGGAUCCUGGAGACGACAUUUCAGCCCAGUCCUGCUAUGACUACUCCGACAAGCAGGCCGUCCCCAUCUCUGUGCCAAGUUACAAACACACUGAGCUCAAUCAAGAAAAGUUUGUGGUAUUUAAUGUGUACAUGGCAGGCAGGCAGCUGUGCUCCAAGCGUUACCGUGAGUUUGUAAUCCUACACCAAAACCUGAAGCGGGAGUUUGCCAACUUUACCUUCCCCAAGCUACCUGGGAAAUGGCCCUUUUCCCUGUCGGAGCAGCAGCUGGAUGCACGACGCAGAGGCUUGGAAGAAUACCUGGAAAAAGUGUGCUCUGUACGGGUAAUUGGAGAAAGUGACAUCAUGCAGGAGUUCCUUUCUGAAUCAGAUGAGAACUACAAUGGCGUGUCAGAUGUGGAGUUGAGAAUAGCCAUGCCCGACAAAACCACGCUCACCGUCAGAGUUCGCAAAAACUCUACUACAGACCAGGUCUACCAGGCUGUGGUUAUGAAACUAGGGAUGGAUAGUGUAACAGCCAGCUACUUUGCUCUGUUUGAGGUCAUCAACCACACCUUUGUGCGUAAGCUUGCCCCCAACGAGUUCCCCCACAAACUGUAUGUACAGAACUAUACCUCAGCCAUCCCAGGAACCUGCCUCACCCUGCGGAAGUGGCUCUUUACUACAGAAGAGGAGAUUCUGCUCAAUGACAACCAGCUUGCUGUCAACUACUUCUUUCACCAGGCUGUGGAUGAUGUGAAAAAAGGCUUCAUUAAAGCAGAGCAAAAGUCCUACCAGCUGCAGAAGCUGGCUGAGCAGAAGAAGAUGUCCAUGUAUCUGAGUUUGUUAAGGGGUUGUGAGGGCUACAAUGAGAUCAUAUUCCCCCAUUGUUCCUGCGACUCCCGACGUAAAGGCCACGUCAUCACAGCCAUCAGCAUUCACCACUUCAAGCUGCACGCCUGCACCGAGGAAGGGAUGCUCGAGAACCAGGUGAUUGCAUUUGACUGGGGCGAGAUGCAGAGGUGGGACACGGAUGAAGAGGGCAUGGCCUUUUGCUUUGAAUAUGCACGAGGAGAGAAGAAACCACGAUGGGUCAAGAUAUUUACACCCUAUUUUAACUACAUGCACGAGUGCUUCGAGAGAGUCUUCUGUGAGCUGAAGUGGAGGAAGGAGGUGGAAGAAGAGGCUACAGACAAGGACAAUAAGAACUGCAGUAAAGAUGGUAUGUGUGGCAAGAAUAUUUUCCAGCUGCUGAGGCACAGAAGGGAUGGAGGCACCUAGGAAGGGAGAUUGUUACCUCUUAACUAGACACAGUCGUCACCGACUCAGCUCAGUUCGGCCCUCAUCUAGCCCCAGACCCAGCAACACUCAGCUACUAACUACAUGGUCAUCAUUUACACUCCAUCAGCUACAACCUGAGAAGCUACCCCCACCCCCCGAUACAUGCAAACCAACUCGAAUAAAUCGAAGCAUAACAAGCUACAAACACAUAAACCAGAACUCUUGAAUCCAGCGCACCAUAAUCAUUCAUUAAGCAGAGCUCUGUCAAGUCAUGGAUUAUUGCAAGCCUUCUUCUUAUUGGCAGGGACUUGAAAUGGAAUGUGACUUGUACAUGAGGAAGUUUUGAGCCUCGGGAGUAGUCCUACUGGGAAGAGAAAGCUGAAGUCUAAAAGGAAAUACUGCUGGACUAACAAAGGGAAGAGGAAGCUGUUAGUGCUCGUAAUGGGGAACACAGAUAACACUGAUCAGUGAUACUGAAGGUUGACCACAGGAAGACAAUUAGUUUCUCCAUUUACGGAUCAGAGCAGUAGUGUCUUCUUUGUCUUUUUGGCCCGUUGUUAGCGUGCAAGUGUGUUUGUGCAUGUUAACUAUGUGUGCAAAAUUCAAGGGGCCAACCAGAGUGAGGCCCUCAGAAUGUAAGUCACAGCUGGAUUGCGUCACAUACAUGAAUUUCCAUCUGUUUGCCGAUCAAUUUGCAUUGAUUAAAGAAAACUAGUAACAUUGUAGCGUUGCCUCUGAGAGAAGGGAAAGCGGAGAUUUUGUAGGAUUGUUAGAUACUUUUUGUCAUUCAGAGACACCGCUGUGAUGAUUUGACACGAGCCGGAAACAAUGUUAAACUUUAGACUACUGUUGCACUUUAUCCAACAGUAUUAACUCCUCCAAAUGUGGGCAAUGUAACUUAAGAAGAACAUAUUGGGCAUAAUACUGGAGCUAGCCUGUGCCUAGUUUACAUUCAUUUUUGAGUGUGAUUAUGUACUGCAUCAUCAAAUGGCAUGUGCCGCGUGCAAAGCCAUGCAAACUUAUAUGUAUUUAUAGUAUUAUGUGAACACUCCAUGCAAAUGUUUUGAGGGCCAUUGUAGAGCAGCAGUGAUGUGGAGCACACAGUAUUUUUACCAUGCAUUACCCAUAAGAGACAGCAGGGGUCCUUCUCCUCCUUUCUGCUCUCUUGCAGGCCCUGAUUACUUUGUUUCUGAGAGCUCCCAGAGGAUUUAUAAUAGGCCUGUAAUUCCAAAGGCCUUUCCACUUGGCUGCACUAUUUAUCUCUGUAGCUGGUACUUCGCUGUACUGUUGAACCACUCAUGCACUCUAUAUUCAGGUUAAUUCGGAAGAGGAUUUCUUAGGGGAAAAACGGCAGCUUGCACACUUCAUCAACAUAUGGAGAUAACUGUGUGCAUUUUCAAUAAAGACUCUGUAGCAACUGAUCACAGAGCUGCAGUGUAAUGUAAUUCUGCAAUGUCCCUUUAAAUGAGCCCAGUUAAAGUUCUCAUUCCUAGAAUAAUGUAAUAAGGUAUAACAUGAUUAUCUGAUGACGCAAUAGUGACUUCAGGCUGACAAAUAAACAGGUUAUUCCAUCAUUAACUACAUGCUGGCAUUAAAUAUUAAUCAUUGUUCAGUGCAAUAUUCUGAUGUUAUUACCUUAUUCAUUAAAUCUAAAUAGCUUAAUUGCAUUAUAACUCAUUUAGAAGGACAUUUCUGAAUUUCUUACUUUAUCCGAAACAUAAUACAUGGUCAGUUGCUUCUAGGUUUUACAGAAUGAGCCCUUUUAUUAGUGAUGGUUGAUUAUCAUCAUAAUAGUAAUAAGAAUAUUUUCCAAAAUCAAUAUAUAGCAGUAUAUCAUAAUAUGGCUAAUUUCUGCAAAAACACAUGUAAGAUAAUGAUGCUCAAAGCAAAGACCUGUGUUCCACUGUCAUGUAUUACCUGAGAUGCACCAGCCCUAACUCCUAUUUAGCUCGUAAUGAGAAUAUCAACAGUAUUCUUUAUUAUCAGGCAAGUAAAGAGUCAUAUACAUCAGUGGCUCUUUGCUAAGAGUGCUUGUAAUAAUGAUGGUGCUCUUCACAGAAGCCAUUUUUGGGUGAUUAAUGAGCUUCAACAGACCUUAGUGAGUGUGUAAAAGGAGGCUUAAUUGAAUGUGUUGACCCUUGAAUUGAGAGAAUUGCAAUCCUUAAAGCUGAAUGCAUUUCCCAAGAUUCUUGUCUGUUUACUGGACCGUGUCUGAAGUGGUCGAUUGUCUGAUCUCCCCACCUGCGCUCAGCUCUUUCUCUCUCUCUCUCUCUCUCUCUCUCUCUCUCUCUCUCUCUCUCUCUCUCUCUCUCAUCCUGACUAAAGCAGUGGUUCUCAACCUGGGGGUCGGGACCCCCAAGGGGGUUGCGAGAUCAUUUCUGGGGGUCGCCAGAUGUUUGGAGAGAAAAACAUGAAAUACCAUUCUAGACUGGGGAAUGGUUUUUACAUUACUGUGCGAGUUUGGUACAUUUCAUGUGUUAUAUUCAGAGCUUCAUUUAUAAAUCAGGAGGUCCUGGAACACAGAAAGGGGUCUGAAGGCGGGUCAGGGGGAGAGAAAAAGCCACAAACGCAUCCCAAGUCCACAGAGCCUGAUGCACAUUGGACAAGGCUAGGUGCAAGCUGAUAAAACUAAAUUGUCAUUAAAGCUAUAGUGCAUAGUUUCUGUCUCCCCCAUGAGGAAUUCUAAGUAAUGACAACAAAACUGUCGGCACGUCCACAUGAUACAAGCCUUCCUUGACCACGCACCGCCGCACCACAUCCUCCUCCUCCUCCUCCACCACGCAGUUGCUAGUAGCCGAGGAGGACACGGAGGAUUAAAAAAACAUGAUGGACUCUUCAGAAGAGGUCAUUAUCUUCAAUUGAGCUUCUGGGCGGGAAAGUCACAGGUCGACCCAUUCUUCUGUCAUACUGAAACACUGAGUUGUGUGGAGCUGAUAGUCUUGUGGCGCUCUGCUAGUACCAGCUCUACUCUACUCUACUCAGCUCGACUCGGCCGCGGUGCCCCGUCUUCCAUUUUCCGUUGCAGAUUUAGUAACGCCUCAUGCCUGAGGCAAGCGUGGCUGGUUGUCAUAGCGACGCCGCAGGAAACUGCCAUGACCUAACGCGACACACACACAGAACGUCGAAGGUGUGUUGUUUUUGACUCUCGGUAUGUGGCUGUUGC